AUGACGAUGAUCACUGAUCUUUCGUUGGAUUUGGUAGAGGAGAUACUCUCUAAAGUUUCGUUAACUUCUCUCAAAGCCGUAAAAUCCACUUGCAAAGGAUGGAACACUCUAUCCAAAGACGAGAGCUUUACAAAAAAACACUCAGCCAUAGAGUUUCCGGUGCAAAGGCUAUUUGUAUGGAACCCGUAUUUGGCUCAAACCAGAUGGAUUGAGCUCAGAAUUAAUAGGACCAUAACAGAUCAGUGUGCUAUAGGAUACGACAGCAACAAGAACCAUAAACUCCUGUGGCUUUUCUAUGAGUAUGACAAUAAUGAUAAUGUCAAGCAUGAAAUCUACGAUUUUAAGUCUAGUUCAUGGAGGGUUCUUGAUAUCAUCACUCCUAGAAAGUUUAAACGGAUAUGGAAGAGAGGUGUGUCCUUGAAGGGAAAUAGUUACUUUGUUGUUGAUGGGAAAAUAUUAGGUUUCGAUUUUACUAGAGAGAAAUUUGGACCGUUUUUGGAUCUACCAUUUGAAACUCAUAAUAAGAUUCCAUAUUCUUGUGUCAGAGGAGAGCAGCUUGCGGUGCUAUUUCAAAGGCACCUAUAUGAAUUGGUGAUAUGGAUUACAACUGAGAUUAAGCCUGAUGCAGUGUCAUGGAGCAGUUUCUGUAAAGUUGAUAUGAAACCUUUUCUUGGCGACCAUGGGUUUAAAGUUGGCAGUUUCGUCAUUGACAAGGAGAAGAAAGUAGCAGUGGUUUGUGGUGACUGCGAGGAACGUAGAGAUCAUAUCUACAAGGGCCAAUGUUAUGUGGUUGGAGAGGAUGGAUGCUACCAAGAAAAAACGGAUAUGGAAGAUAUUGUGAUCUCUUAUGUUCCAAGUUUGGUGCAGCUCCAAUAA